AGAAAUUUAUAAUUUUCGUCAAUGAAUUUCAUAAUUUAUUAGUUUGAAUAUAUACGCCAAUCAAAUAUUUGUGAUCUAUGGCAAUAUUGACAACCUUGUACAACAGCGAUAAAAAAGCUGAGCCGGUUUUACGGAAAAAAUUGGAUCGCCGCUGGUAUCUGACGGGCCACAAAACAAAAAACUUAAGUUGUUUGCUGUUUUAGGUUCAUCUCGCUAAUUAUCUCCUUUAAGUUAUGUGUGCACUAGUCAUAAGCAUUUAUUAUUUCGCUAUUGUGAACCAGUCCAGAAGAGCAUCAACACUAGUCAGCUGUUAAAUAUAAUAUACUAAAUAAGUAAAGCAGGCAUUUUCUACUGUGAAAUAUAUUUUUAUACAAAAUAUAAUAGUUUUUUUCAUUGUGUCCAUCACCGAUGUGUUAUAAUGCGAAGUAGUCGUAAGCAAAAGAACAGGCGAAUUAAAAGGCGAAGCUUCGCACAUCAAUCUACUAACCGUAUCCACGCAACACCAUCAAGUGAUUCCCAAAUAAUAGUUUCCUCAUCGACCAGUCUUAAGGGCAAAAGACGAAAGUUAAAACCGCGCGGAUCAUUAAAGAGAUUAUCGAAAAAAGAAAAGCUUGCUGCUAGGAAUAUAUUUGCGCAAAAACGGAAAAACAAACAAAGUGAGGCAACUGACUUAACUGGAACAAGUUCUACGGUAGUUCAUGAAAUUGCAAUGCCGUACGAAACUCCCCUAACAGCUGGCAGUUGUCACAAAAGAGCUGGUUUUAAAAAAUUUCGUGACACCACGGAGCGUCGUUUAAAACUGCGUAGAAACAGGCUCAACCGGGAUGGAAGAGAUUUACCCAUACCGAGUACCAGUCAAAGAAUUACCAAAAAACUGUUGCGGGCUAUCAGAAAACGUCAAUUGAAAAAUUUAAAUAGAACAAAGCAGUUAGAACAAAGAAAUAAUCUGAAACGAAAAUUAAAUUUACCAAACAACUCGUCCAUUAAAGAACUCCAUAUAGGCAAUAUUAGUCUCGAAGAAGGUGAGAUAAUCUCAGAUGAUGAGGAUAAGGUCACAUUGCCUGCUAAUAACCAUAUUGAUGACGAUGAUGACUGUAUUUGCAUUGAGCCGCAAAUUGAGCAAAUUAUUAUCGAUGAUGACAAACCGAACACAUCACGUUCGAGAACCAAAAACAAUGUUACCUCGGGAUACGUUUCUUUAAUACAGCGUAUGAAUGAUAGGAGUACAGAUCUCCAGGCAAAUGUGCUAACUUCAACGCCACAUGUUGCACGAAAUUCCACACAAAACCUGGACGAUGGUUUCGGCAAUUUGAGUGCAAUGUUCUUCGAAGAUGUUUCGAGCGUUAAUACACUUCAGACCAUCUCGUCGGAAGAUACUUUGACAAAUUAUACCAAAUUGUCCCGUUUGGUUAGAAAUCCCAAAACAAAGUCGAAGAAGAAAAAUCGUAUACGAAAAAAAUCAGGAGAUCCCACAACUGUUUCGGAAGAUGUCAUAAUUUUGGAUGAUACUGCCAACGAGUCUACGCUUAAACCAACGGCGCCGGAGGAAGCUAACCAAACGCACAUAGAUGACUCUGUGAUAUUCAUCUGCGAAACAGCGGCGAAUUCCGAUAAACCAGCACAAGCGUUAGAUUUUGUGCCAUUGCACAGCGAUAAUGUGCCGAAUCCAAUUGCAAUGCCUGUAAGUCCACCUCGUGCACCGAGAAGAGCAGCUAUAAACAGUGGACUUUUCACCAACAGUGAGAAGAAACAAUUGACUGCUUACAAUAAUAAUACGUACAAUCCAAACGCUGGUGACCCACAAGCAAAGGAAAAGUUAUCAGCAAAACGUCUAAUACUCAUCGAUGCUUGUAAUGUUGCAUUUAACCACGCUCUCAAUAAAGAGUUCUCAGUGAAAGGUUUGAAAAUUUGUAUAGAAUACUUUGAGAAAAUGGGUCACGACGUCAAAGCUGUUGUGCCACAAUUUCGUAUGCACCGUUGUUCCGAUACUGCUGCCAUGUUCGAACUGCAUAGCGCAGGAAAAAUUGUAGUUACACCUUGUAAAAACUUACCAGGCAAAUUUACCAUAAGUUAUGAUGAUCGUUUUAUUUUGCAAUUGGCAGCUGAAAUGGAUGCCGUCAUUGUAUCCAACGAUAAUUAUCGAGAUUUGAUUAAUGAAAAUACGGCAUUCAAAAAACUCAUAGAAAAUCGCGUUAUUGGUUUUACCUGGUGCAAUGAUUUAUUUAUGGUUGCGAAAGAUCCUUACGGCAAAUGGGGGCCCAGUUUGCAUACAAUUCUAAAUAGAGUUUGAAGGUGUGGCACGCCUACUUUUAUCCUUUUAUAUUUUUAAUUAAUUUUCAGUUUCGUGCUUUUAUGGAAAAAAUAUUUUAAUAUAUCAGAAUUAA